AUACAGGAUACUGAGUGUCCUGUCUGGAAAAGGAAAGAAAUGGCUUCCAACACAGUGAACCCUGCUAACCAUUUGCCAUACUUCUUUGGCAAUAUUACACGUGAAGAAGCCGAGGAGUAUCUGAUGCAAGGAGGAGUGAGUGAUGGACUAUACUUACUCCGCCAAAGCCGGAAUUACCUGGGGGGCUUUGCGUUAUCUUUGGUCCAUGGAAGGAAGGUUCAUCAUUAUACAAUUGAGAGAGAGCUGAGUGGCUCAUAUGCCAUUGCAGGAGGAAAGACGCAUGAAAAUGCUGAACUCAUUAACUAUCACUCAGAGGAAGCCGAUGGCCUUAUCUGUCUCCUGAGAAAACCUUUCAACCGACCACCAGGCGUUGAACCCAAAACAGGACCCUUUGAAGAUUUAAAAGAGAACCUCAUCAGAGAGUAUGUCAAACAAACUUGGAAUUUGCAGGGACAUGCUCUUGAACAAGCUAUCAUUAGUCAAAAGCCUCAGCUGGAGAAGUUGAUUGCCACUACAGCCCAUGAGAAGAUGCCAUGGUUUCAUGGAAGGAUCUCUCGGGAAGAGUCAGAACACCGUAUCCUCACUGGGUCAAGAAACAAUGGAAAAUUUCU